UUACUGUUUUUUCUAAUAUAUUUUUUAAUAUAUUUCUUAUAUAAUCUUUUUUAUCUCCACAUAUACAGACUUAGGUUUCCUUAUUUAAAAUUCAAACUUGAAUUAUACAUAUUUUAUCUAACAAAAUUAUUAAUUUUAGAUUUUAAAUAGAAUUGAGCCGGAACACGACAAAUCUGCAAUGUCAAGCCGACUCACGGUAGAAGCAGAGCAAGCUCUGGAAAACUUCCACCACGUUCCAAAAAUCAGUAUAAUACUUUUAACUCUCACUCGAGAGUAUAUCAGAUAUUAAGCUGAUAAGAACAGAUACUACACUUUGAUCUUAGCCAACAGGCCGAGAAGCGAUGUUACAUAUCACUUUUCAAUAUAUAUUUAUAUUCUUUUUGAAGAAUUUCACUUGUGAGAGGCAUGCAAGUUAAUUUGCCCUCUAGUGAUAGAAUAUGAAAAUAAUAUUUUAUAUUACAUUUUAUAUUACAAAAAUUGAUAAAAAAUGUUUUAAUAAUAAUAAUUUGUUUUGUUUUGUUUUAUAAAUGAAAAAAAAUGCAAAAAUAUUAAUUUGAAAAUAUAAUAAUAUUAAUAAAAGUUUCUAUAUUCUUUUUUGGGGAUGUAAAUUAUAUAUAUUAAGUUAUAUUAGUUUUUAAGAGAAAUGUUUCUUUCAAAAAAUCAAGAAUAAAAUUCAUAAACAAUAUUUUUCAUUUAUAGAAUUAAUUUAUAAAAGAUUUUUAUUAAAUUAUAACAAAAUUUUUUUAAGCUUUCAUUUUAACAUUAUUUAUAUAUGUAUAAAUAUAUAUAUAUAUAUAUACAGCAAAAAUUUUGUAACAUUUGUAAACUAGAAAUUCUUAAAAUAAUUUCAAACAAUAUUUUUCUUUGCAAAAACUUUUAUUUUACAGCUUUGUAAUAAAUUAUUUUAUUUGUAGCUUUGUAAUAAAUUAUUAAUAAAAAAAGACUGGUUAUUCAUGAAGUAUAUAAUCUAAGUAAGUCGCGAUGAUAGUAUUGACUAUCGACUAUAUAGCAUUAUGUAUAUAUAUAUAUGUAUGGCGUAAAAUCUUAUAUCUUAUUUUGUAUACAACUGUUAUUUUAUUAAAUAAGAUAAUUUUUUUUUAAAGUUUUGAUAAAUACAUUAAAGAAGAACAUUAUUAUAUUUCUUAAUAGUACAUUAUGCAUAUUUUUGUUAUAAAAUUCUUAUAGUAAAAAAAUGUGAACAUAUUAAUAUAAACUAUUAUUCAUUGGAAAAAUAUAUUCAUAAAAAAGUAUGAUUAAAAAUUAAUUAAUCUUAAAAUUAAAAUCUAUUAUGAAAUUAGAAUUCGAGUGUCAAUGUACUUUUACAUAUAUCUAAAUUAAAAAAAAUAUUUUUCGAAUAAUGUUUUCCAAGGUUAGGUUUAUUUUACGACAAAACAUUUUAGGAAAAAAUAUUAAUCAAUCAUAUAAAUUUUUGAUAAUUGGUAAUAAUAAUAAUUAUCUACGAGAUUCGGUUGCAAACAAUUUAACAUAUUUGUCACAAAAAAAACAGAAAAACAAAAAGAAUUAUUCUCUUCUAUUCAUCGUUUCUUGUUUUAUAACCAGUCUUAUUGUUUGGAAUGGAAAGAAAAAAUAUUCUACGGUAAUUGCUGCUGAAAUGAUCAUCAAUGAAGAAUCAAAUGAUGAAAGUAAAAAUGAACAAUUGGAUGAAAUGCAAGAGGAUAAAAAGAAAAAAAAGAAAAAGGAAAGGAUUGGUUUUCGUGAUAGAAAGAUAAUAGAGUAUGAAAAUCGUAUAAGACACUAUUCUACUCCUGACAAAGUAUUUCGCUAUUUUGCUACACUGCAAAUGAUUAACAACGACAUCCAUGAAAUUUUUAUGACACCUGAUGACUUUUUAAGAUCAAUAACUCCUGGUGUCAAACAACCGGAUGGUCUUGGGCUGGAUAAAUAUAAACGCUAUGAUCCUAAAAAUGUUCAUACAAGAUUAGAAUUGACCUUAGAUGAAGAUAGUAUUUUUUAUAAACUUGGAAGCGCUGGUUUAAUUACUUUUUCUGAUUAUAUAUUUCUGCUUACUGUAUUAUCUACUUCCAGAAGACAUUUCGAAAUUGCCUUCAGAAUGUUUGAUUUUAAUGGAGAUGGUGAUGUGGAUUCUGAAGAAUUUGGAAAAGUUGCUACAUUAAUUCGUCAACAAACCAGUAUUGGUAAUCGACAUCGUGAUCAUGUUGCUACUGGUAAUAUGUUUAAAGGUGUUAAUUCAGCAUUAACUACAUAUUUUUUUGGAUCAAAUAUGAAAAAAAAGUUAACAAUUGAAAAAUUUUUGGAUUUUCAACAGCAAUUGCAAAAAGAAAUACUUAGUUUAGAGUUUGAACGAAGAAAUCCUGACGAAAAUGGUCGAAUUACUGAAGUAGAUUUUACUGAACUAUUACUCGCAUAUGCUGGCUAUCCUGACAAAAAGAAAGCGAAAAUUAGAAAAACGGUUAAAAAACGUUUUAAGGAUAAUCCAAAGGGAAUAAAUAAAGAUGAAUAUCUAAAAUUCUUUCACUUUUUAAAUAAUAUUAACGACGUGGACACGGCUUUGACAUUUUAUCAUAUUGCUGGAGCAUCUAUCGAUCAAGCAACUCUAAAACAUGUGGCAAAAACAGUGGCUCAUGUUGAUUUGAGUGAUCAUGUAAUACAAGUAGUUUACACAAUAUUUGAUGAAAAUAUGGAUGGCCAAUUGAGCAACAAAGAAUUUGUCGCUGUAAUGAAAAAUAGAGUACUACGUGGACUGGAGAAGCCAAAAGAUACUGGUUUUGUAAAAUUGAUUGAAUCAAUAAUGAAGUGCUUAAAAAUCAGUUAUAAUAUGCAUGUUGAUAGUUAGAUUUAAAUUACUACAGCUUAAAUAUAUUUUAUAGCAUUUAUUAAUCUAAAUUUAAAAUGAUUUAAAAUUAAAAUGAUUUAUCUUAAUAAAAGAAUAUCAUUAUUAAAUGUAAUAUCAUUACUAAAUGUAUAAUGAAUAAAAAAAUAAAUAUUAGAUUUAUUUGA